AUGGUGGCUGGUCCCUGCCUGGCGCAGCAGGCCAUCUCCUCUGUGACUACCCAGGUGCCCUUGCGUAGUAGAUGUGAGGCUCUGCAAGUGGAACCGAACAAUGACGAGGACGAUGGUUCAUCUUGCUUGGAGGUGUCGCCAAGGUUGUCUGUUUACGCCUGGCAUCAAAACUGCUUCCAUAAAGAAAAAAAGGUAGGCAGCGAUGAACUUGCAAUGAGAAGUCCGAGGGCAAGCAAGAGAGACUUCAGAGCCUCGGGACGACAGUACAUAGAUUCAACAGAACUUGAACGUUCUACAGAAGCAGAGAACUCAGUGAAAUAUCACCAGGCAUGGCACAAACUGUGCAAAGCAGAUGGCAUUCUGGUUCCAGGAGGGUUUGGAAUUAGGGGAACAGAAGGCAAACUCCAAGCCAUCUCCUGGGCAAGAACAAAGAAAAAACCUUUUCUUGGAGUUUGCCUAGGAAUGCAAUUAGCAGUUGUGGAAUUUGCAAGAAACUGUUUGAAUUGGAAAGAUGCAAAUUCUACAGAAUUUGACCCAGACACAAAAACCCCUGUUGUUAUUGACAUGCCAGAACACAAUCCUGGAGAUAUGGGUGGAACAAUGAGACUGGGGAAGAGGAGGACUGUUUUCAAAACACAAAACUCUGUUUUAAGGAAACUGUAUGGUGAUGAAGCGUUUGUAGAGGAGCGACACAGGCACAGAUAUGAGGUGAACCCAGAAUUGACUCACUGCUUUGAAGAGAAAGGUUUGAAAUUUGUUGGCCAUGAUACAGAAGGGAACAGAAUGGAAAUUAUUGAACUGGAGAAUCACCCAUACUUUGUGGGAGUUCAGUUCCACCCAGAGUUUUCCUCAAGACCUAUGAAACCUUCACCUCCAUACCUUGGACUGUUGCUAGCAGCAACUGGGACACUCAAUGCAUACUUGCAACGUGGAUGUAAAUUGUCUCCCAGUGACAGCUACAGUGACCUCAGCGAUGACAGCUCUCCAGAGAAAGAGUUUCCUAAUUCAGAAACAAGCUGAAAUGAUUGUAUGAGGUUGCAGAAACGGAUGAUG